AACCGCCGCCGUAUAUACCACCAUAUUAUUCUAAUCCCUUGUUUGUCUAUCAUAUUCGCUAUCUGGGCAUUAGUUCUUUCUUGUCAUGAGCAGCGACGGCGCUGCCGCGUCCGCCGUGACUUCUGAGCUGCAAGACUCGCAAACCCAAGCUCCCAUCACAUUACCGGCCGAUGUCUCUCAUGAGCCUGACAUCACCCCUUCUGACAUUACAGAGAACGGAACUGGAAACACCGCGGGUGGGGAGGAUGGGAAAGACGUGGCGCAGGAGAACGGGGCGAUGGAGGAGCAGCACGAGUCGGGCGAUGCGGCCGGAUCGAAUGAAGAGGGGCACCAUGAGUUCAUAUUCGAGGACAACUACGAUCUGAAGCGCGUCAAAGUGUACGAACUGGUCGGCUCGCGUUGGGUCGAUCAAGGCACUGCGUUCUGUUCUCCGUACCAAGAAGGACCAUCUGAAGAAGCCUACCUGAUAGCGCGGUCAGAGGCAGACCCCCAGACCCUCAUUCUCCAGACGUCAAUCCGAGCUAGCGAUGUAUAUCAGCGGCAACAAGAUACGUUGAUUGUCUGGACGGAGCCGGACGGAGUUGACUACGCGCUGUCUUUUCAAGACCCUGAUGGGUGUCUGGAAGUAUGGAACUUCAUAGUCACGCGACAAAGGGAAAUGAAUGCGGGAGGCACGGAGGACCAGCAAAUGACAAGUUCGCCAAAUAUUGGGCCGGAACCAUCGACACCCAAUGGAAUCUCGACAGCAGCCAUCGUCAGGGCUGGCCGAUUGCCACCUCCGGCUCUGGGGGUUAUAAGCGAGAUUGAGCGAGCAAUCAAAUCACUGGCCCGCACUGCCCACCUCAAGGAGCGAAUGUGCGAACAUAUUCAGCAGGAAGGAUACAUCAAGCAUCUAGUAGACGUAUUCAACCAGGCGGAAGACCUUGAGAGCCUCGAUAACUUACAUGCUCUUUGCACCCUCAUGCAGACCAUACUCCUCCUCAAUGAUCAUACCAUGUAUGAACACGUCCUCGAUGACGACGUCUUCUUUGGCGUCGUAGGCAUGCUCGAAUAUGACCCCGAGUUUCCCACGUAUAAAGCCAACUACCGCGAGUUCCUGGGGCAGACCACGCGCUUCCACCAACCCAUCCCUAUCCGUGACGAAGUCAUCCAGAGAAAGAUACAUCAGACGUACCGGCUGCAGUUCCUCAAGGAUGUCGUGCUCGCGCGCGCGAUUGACGAUUCCACGUUCAACGUACUGAACUCGUGCAUCAUUUUCAACCAGAUAGAUAUCAUCACCCACGUGCAGAGUGAUCAAGCGUUCUUGAAGGAGAUCGUGGAAAUCUUUGAGGAAUCGGACGUUGGGAGCGGAAAAAAACCAGAGACUAUGGACAAGGAGGAUGGGAAAGAUGCCGAGAAGCCUGCUGACGGGGAUAAACCUGAGGACGCGAUGGAUGUCGACGAACCGCAGAAGUCUUCCAACGGGUCGGCACAACCCAACGGCCACACUGUACCCAAUGGAGACGCAAGAUCUAGGCCACCAGAACGGAGCGAGUCCCAUCGACGAGAGGUCGUUCUAUUGGUCCAGCAGCUGUGUGCUAUGGGUAAGAAUGUCCAACUCCCCGCACGAAUGGCGCUGUUCCGGACUCUGGUAGACCGAGGUCUUCUUCUCGCCGUGCAAUGGGCAUUUUCGCACUCUGAGAAGACAGAAGAAGGGAGACAGAUGAUCGCUGCUGGUGGUGAGAUCCUCUCUGCGAUGCUGGACCACGACACAAAUGGAGUCCGCGGGUACAUGGUCCGGAGACAGAUCCAAAUCACUGGAGAGACGGGCAAGGAGAAACCUGCAACUCCUGCAGCACCGGAAACCCUACUGUCACUGAUGUGCAGAGUCUUGUCUCAGAGUCGCGAUUUGGCAGUGCAGAGCCAGAUAGGCGAUUCUCUGAAGUUACUCUUAGAGAUUCCUCCUGAUGGCGGACUUGAUGCACCAGCUGUGAGUGCUCUUGGUAUCAAAAUGCUUACAAGGAAAGACGACCCAAGUACGGAGAUCUUCCUGGACUACUUCUACAAGCAAUGCAUCGACACACUGUUCAAGUCCCUCACUGACUUACCAGACUAUAAGAACGUCACGGAUCCGACCCUCGGUUUGACACGAGAAAAAUCCAAUCUUUUCCUCUACCUUUGCGAUCUCCUGUCAAGUUUCGCCCUACAACACUCCUUCCGCAGUCAUUUCUACAUCCUGUCCUCUAAUAUCGCUUCUCGAGUUGCCUCACUACUAGGCACGCGAGAUAAGCACCUUCGCCUUGCGGCUUUCCGGUUCUUCAGGGCACUUCUAAAGUUGAACAACAGGAAUAUGAACGCGCACCUCAUCAAACUCGACAUUCUCAAACCCAUCCUCGAUUUAACCGUGCGCGAGUCUCGCAGAGACAACCUAAUCAGCUGUUCGUGUCAAGAAUUCUUUGAGCAUAUGCGCCGGGAGAACAUGAAGGAUCUCAUACAUCAUUGUAUGACUACCCAUCAGGCUACUAUCAAGAAGCUUUCGGAAUCGGGUCUAGGAACCGCACGAUUCAAGGCGCUCAUCCGCCGCUAUGAGAUGAACAUUGAGCCUCCACCCAUUGAGCCUUCCAAACCAGAGGCAACACCGGAGCGGCGCAGUAUAUGGGGUCAGGGGCGAUUACUGGAAGCCGAGGAGGAGAGCUAUUUCAAUACCGACGACGACGAAGAAGAGAUGACCCUUCUCACUUCUCCGUUCCCGAGAGCGCAAAGCACGCCGCCCCCUGGUGGUAUAAGGCGAAAACGCUUAAGAGGGGGUCCAGCAAUGAGACCUGUUCGUCCUCCGAAUCCCACCCCGCUUCGGUCCCCUUCCCCCGCUCUUGGUAGUCUAUUGGACUACGAGGACGAGGACGAGCCUCCGAAUGGGUCCAUGGAAGCUUCAACGUCGCAAUUGCCUUCUUCCUCUCCGAAGCCGAGUCCUAUCUCCCAACCUUUCUCUGGAGACGAGGUGCCUCCCAGUCCGACGUUGUCCCAUAGGCAAAUACCGGCCAAAGUCUUCAAGCCCAUGGAGGAAGACGAGGAUGAGACUGAUCGGGAGCUUGAAGCGCUCCUGUCAAAAUCGGCCUCAUCUGUCCCGUCUUCGCCAGCAUCCUUAGAGCCUCUAACUCCGAAACGGCGGAGGGAAGACGACGAGGAUGAUGGGCUUAUGGAACGCCUGGCGAGCAAAGCGGUCAAGCGACCUAACGUGGGCGUCGAGGAGGAAAAGUCAGGUCGCGCUACGGAGCCCAAACAGUCGGAUGAGGCUCCACGGAAAAUCAAGCUGAAGUUCGGUGCUACAAGUCUAGCGGUAGCCUCAGCUUCGCCGUCCCCGGUACCUUCAGAACUCAGUGCGAAGGAUGGAGACACCGGGUAACAUGCGUGCUUAUGCGUAGGAUACCUGUAUGAUUGUCUAAUAUGUCCAAUGCACACAUGAACGAUUAGAGUUCAUUGGCUAUCAUUGCAAGAGAUCCGGGAUAUAAAGCAGCUUUCGCGACUGAUGUAGCAUACAGGGAGGAUUCAGACAAACGAUAAAGAGGUGUAACCUCAAGGAGAUACUAGUCAGAACAGCGAGCAUGGUAUGCAAAACUGGGGAAAGUUGCUGAAAGGAACGACAAGACGGAUUGCGGGAACUCAUGUAGAGAGAAUGGAUGACAAAACUGCAAACGGCGCAUAAUAAGGUGACGCUGACAAAAGGAGAUAUAUGUUACUAGUGAUGGAUUGAGAUGGGCGGAAACAAUUUGCGGGGGUAGGAUGAAGAAUAAGAGAUGAGCGUCCAAAACGACAACAACACAUAACCUAAAGAAAUAUAUGCGAGCAGAGUAUAUGGAUAUGAUCAUAAGUGAAUAUACACGUGAUAUAUGCAGAAUGCGUCUCGAAUCAGCCGGCACGAGCGGCCUCUAGGUUGUUGGUUUGCGUGGACAUUGAGUGAGGAAAAUGCUCGUUGUUGCUGUCAGCGCUAGACUGAUCGGGUAUAGGAUGAGGAGACGGAGACAUAGCGAAAGGCGAGAACGUCGAUGAGGUGUAGCCUUGCGGAUUCCCUCUUGGGUAGGCUGCGUUUGUCGCCUGCGGGUUAUAUUGUUGCGAUGAGGGCGAUGGAGAGAAGAACCGAGGUGGAGGCGAAACCGAAUAAUGAUAUGUGGGAGAUGUCAUGCCAGAGGUGUCGCGACGGAUAGAGCGGUUCAGGUCCGGGUCUAUGUAAGUGGGCUGAGGUUGCCUGGGCUGAAAGGGUUCCGCGAAGGCAGAUGGGACCUGCGUUGAAGAUUGUCCAGCACCAGCGUGCUGCUGAUGAUGCUGGUGACCGCCUG